UAGUCUGCGCUUGCGCUGAUAUCUUUUUCCGUUAGAGAUCGACUGUCAAUACGACAGUCAGAAGGAACUUCGGUAGGAGAGUACUCAGUUCGCCACUUAUCCUCUGCGUGAUUUAUAUGUGUACAUAACUGUAUAUAUUCUUUAAAAUGAGCCAAGAAGAUAAUUAUGAUAAUGAACAGUCUCCUGAUCAUUGGUCUUCUCGAUUUGAAGACGAAUGUUUUGGGGAACUGGAGGCUCAGGGUGGUGUCGAGUCAAGAGUACAGUCAAUCGAAGAACACACAGCUCAGCAGCUCUGGUUGGGAUUUCAGCAAACGUCGACUGCCAUAGCCCAAUUAUAUAAUUUUAAAGACAGUGCACAUGAUGGCUACGUUUUACUAGUUCCUUUCAACAAAGCUGCAGAGUCAUUAACAAAGUUUUACAAAGAUAGUCUUAACAAUGCUCGUGAGUGCCUACGGCUUGGAGUUCAAAGUGGACGAAGCAGUCGAGCCAGGGACAUCGCAGCUUGGGCUAGGAAGAAACGAAAAAGUAUACGAAGAGAUGAACUGUUGGCUUAUUUGUGUGGCAAGAGCCUGCCUCCCCAUCACAGAAACAGACAGAACCGUAGCUUAGAAAGACAGAUUCCUAGAUUCUCAUCACACCAGGCGGAGAAUUUAGAAUCUGGGGAUUACCCAGUCAGAGAGCCAUUCUCAUUGCAAGGACUGAAUGGUGCAAUGUCCAACAUCAGCAUGGGCUUGAGCCGGGCGAGCACUACGCCGACCACUACCACCAGCUCCACUAUGAGUUCAUGGCCCACAGAUGAGUUCCGCUUUCAUGACGACCGGGCCAGGGGAGAGCAUCACCGGAAACGAACCAGUUCGUCUUCUGCCAUGGAUGUGAGCAUGGAGUCCCCUUCCCGGAAGCGGGGACGAUUUCUGUGAUGCGAUUUGAUUGUUGUCCGUACCACAAAGUGGACCUUCGCAAAAAGACUUGUCACAGUAGUGUUGAACAGGAAUGCUAAGACUGCAUUGGAAGUUUGAUGGCACGUUCCGUUUUUCUGAUGUUCUUAUAUUUGUGAUUAUUAUGGACCUUACAAAUCCUGCCAUUUCUCCCCCCCCCCCCCCCCCCCCCUCCCUGUCUGAGGAAAGUUAACCAAAACCAUAAUAAAAGUAAAAGACAAAAGUCUUGAGUCAUGUUACAUUUGAAGCCUGUUAAAUUGGAAGUCUUACCUGUUUACAGUUUACAAGUUUAUUUGUUGAAAUUCCUUAUUGUUGUGGGUGUUUUGGUUUGAAUCUAAUCUGUAUACUGACCAUUCAUACCACCACCCCUGUAUUGACCGGUUUUUUAAUACCUCAUAUGUGGAACUUGGCAAAGCACAGUCUCCAUUGUGUGUCCAUCCGCAUAACAAGUGAUCGUUGGGCUUAGAGUGGCCCAUAAUACUGUUCCUUUAUACUUCUCAAGUAGAAUUUAUAUUACCUUCGUCUUUUGAUCAAUACUUUUGGUUGUUCCUGAUUUUUGGAAUGGCAUACCAUACUGAUAACAGUAAAAUGGCUUGCAGAAGCCUAGAUAUGUAUAGCAUGGUUCAUUUCAUUUGUGCCUCAUUUUAUAUUCGUUUACAAGUUGUAUUGCUGUUGCCAUGCUAGCAAACAAUUAAUGUAUGUUCUCUUGUUUGUAUGAAUUGCAAGCUGAAUAUGUCUCUUAGCUGCGAUUGCUAGAAAAGUUAAUAGAACUGUUGUAAUUGGGAAAUGGACCAUUUAAGUCUGGGUUGUUAGAAAAACUGAACUAAAUUAAGCUUUGAAAUAAACAUGUAGAAACAUGAUAGUACUAAUCCUAAAGGUCUCACUGUAUUGGGUCUUAACAGAGUAUGAGUUUUGUUUAAAGGAUAUUUUAAUUAUUUUGGUAGAUGUUGUUUUUUUUCGUUGUUGCUCUGAUUCUGAUUUUUCUGUUUUGUCUGACUCUAUAGUUUUUUUGGGUUUUUUUUUACCCCCUUGGCGACACUUUGUUCUUCUUGCCUGAUGGCGACACUUAAAACUGUAAAAUGAAAAUCUUGGUCUUGCAGAAUGGUUGAAGCUCAGUUUUCCUUGUUUUGUGCUUUCAAAUUGAAGAAUACACAUUUAGAACUUUAAUAGGUAUUUUACAAAGGGAAGGGGGAGAAUGCAGGUUUCUGGGGAUUAUUGGAAGAUUUUUCUUAUUCAUCAGUGGAUUUAUAUUUCCAAAGUUGCCUGUAACUUUUUCUGAGAGAAAGAAAAGAAUUUAUUUUCACCUCUGAUUUUCCACAUUAAUGUUCAUAUAUUUCAGAGUAUGUUUUUUGUGUGGUUAAUUACUUCCUACGCGACUCGUGGCUGUGCACACCACCGAAGUGUGCUAUAGAAUUUGAACACCUAUUUAUUCAUUGUGCUCUACGAUUUGUAAAAAAAAAUUUAAAAAUCCAAAACCACUUUAAGAUGAAAAGUAUUAAGAAAGUUCAAAGGUAAAAAAUUGAAUAGGGACAGUUCAGUUUUAUAGGAUUAUGAUCUGAUUUGAUAGACCGAAUGUGAUUUUGAUAAUAUGAAAGAAAGUUUUUUCAUGAGUAUUAAUUGAUAUAGUCAUAUACUACUAUUUGUGAAAUGAUGGUGUAAAGCUUUGUUUGACUAAAUUAUAUGUUGAGAGUUGAAUUUGAAGGCAAAAAGUUAGUACUGUCAGGAAUUCUGAAUCAAUAGUCUGAUAUGGGGCUAUUUCUCUACUCCUGAGGUAGUAUCAGAGAAUGAUCUAUCUGUGUUCUUUAUUUUCCCUAUCUAUUUAUUCUCAGUAGGUUUGUCUUUCUUUUCUGUCUUACCCAGGCUAGUAUGCCAUUAAGAGUAGAUUUUUCUUUGUCUGUUUAACUCUUUGUAAGUCGUUGGUUUUACUUGAAUCUGCUGUAUUAUUUGAUCUUUUGAAUCAUGUUAAAAUAUCUACUUAGCUGCAUUUUUAAACGGAAUUCUUUAUGGCAUAAUUUUAUUGUUCUUGAUUAGUCCGAUACUCUGCAGUUCAAAAUUCAAAGGCUUCGUAAGGAUCUUGUCUUUUUGGUUGUCACUGUUGCAUUGUGCUCUCUUUCUAUUGAUCUUUUACCAUUUUCCCAAUGUCAAAUGGUGAUUUUUACAUUGGCAAGUUUGUAAUUGACUUGGACCUUAGAAUUCAGUAUUUUGGAGUGUUUACGGAUUCAUACUCUUCAGCUCUCAACAUCCAUGAAAGAUUAACUUAAAAAAAACAACCCAAAGACUCCCUCUCAGAUCAUGGCUGAUGACGCGAAAACAAGUGAGGAAAACAAAAUUCUCUUCAGAGUAUCAGAGUAUUGCAUUGAUAGAUAAGUAGUAUUUCUUGUGUUCAGUUCUUUUGUGAAGUUAAAAAAAUGAGGAGUUUGGAAUGUAUUUUAGUGGUAUUGCUAAAAAGAAAAAUGAGCUGUAUUGAGCAGAUAUGAAAUUUAAAAACCUUGGUUCUGUCGUUUUCUGAAUAAUUUUCCUCUUUCAAUCCUGAAAUGUAACUGCUGUUCCCAUCCGCAGUAGAAGACAUUCUAUAUGCAACUGCAUUUGUCAAAAGCAUAACCCAGCAAAUUUAUUUACUAGGUAAGGAUUUUAAGAGGAGGCCCUCAGAAUGUUUUCAGUUCUUAACCUAUAUGUCCUCUUGGGGUGUGUCAACUACAUAUAUGUUGCACACCUGUUUGUGUGAUUUGAGUGAUGGGGGAAAGAGUUGUAAGUGAUGGGAGCUGAGUGAAUAUUUGUCUUGUUAAGGAAAUUUAUCCCCCUAUAAUUGUAUCAUAUUAUUAUGAAUCUUUUGUACCAUAAAUAUUUCUCUGUUUUUUUCUUUCGGUAAAGUACAGAUUUGAUUAAAUGUUUGUGUCCAUAUUUGCAUUCCUGUGGGCAGAAAAAAUCAGGAACUUGUUCCUUGUAAAGGCUUACGUCUGUUAUGUUGUCACUUUAGGUGUACAGGCUAUUCAUAAAUAAGUCUGAAAAUUUUGGUCUACCAUAGCAGAAACAUUUAACCAUUGUAAAGUUCAUUGAAGAUGGUAAAAAAGUAAUGUACGUUUAUAGAGCAGGAAUAUUUGGAGGGAGGUGACAUUGUUGUAACCAAUGAUGUAUAUAGAAAUUUGUUCAUUAUUGACUUUUGGUAGUGCAACAAAAGACCUGACUUCAGACUGGCAGAAUGCACUAUUUGUAAAGCUGUUUGCUUGCCUGAGAGUACUGUUGUGCAAGAACUUCCAGAAUCUUUUUGUCUGCCAGACAAUUUGUGUUUGGAAAUGUGCGUAGUUUUUUUGUAUCUUGUGCUUGUAUAGAAUGACGCGGUGUGAAUGCAAAAGAUUACCGUGUGGUUCUGGAAUACCGUUUGACUAGGAUUUUCUUUUUGUUUCAUAGGAUUAACUUUGCUUUGCCUAUCGCUUUGCUGUUUGAUCCUAUCAGUCAUUUCAUGAGUAUUGUACAUGAGUAUGUCACAUGUUUUUUGUUGUCAUUUAUAUUGUUUGUGUAGAGGCUUUCCAAGGCCUAUUGAUGGAGUUGGAUUGACACUUCAAGCUGUCUUUGGUUCAUCUUGUGUUUCUAUGUUCUUUUUCUUUAAAAAGUCUGAAUUAUGGCAUUGCACCUUUUUCUUCUAUCAGUCUGUCGUUUUUUCCGUCCUUCUGCUUUUUCCUAGCUUGAGUUAGUGUCUACGUGCUUCUCUUUAAUUGAAACUCAAAUUUUUGGGUGUUUUAUCUGAUUCCUGUCUUCGACCUUUGUGUGAAUGUAAGGAAGCAUAGUUUAGUUUAUCUCAUUUUAGUUUGUAGUUGGAAAUUUUAUAUGACAUACUUUACUUGUAUAUGUACUACUCUUUUUUUCUGUGUUACUGUUGUCCUUAUUUGUAUCUUAUGAUGUUUGGCUGUUGUAGUACUGACUUGCCGAAAACAUCUCUCCUUUUUUUUAAUGCUGCGUUUGUAGUUCUCUCUUUUGGAGCACCUCGGUGGUGCUAUGGAACAUGCACUCCUGCAAGCUAGCCCUUGUCGAAAGGUGCAUUUUGUAAUCAUUUUUGUUUUGUGGUACGUGCGUCUAACCUGUUGGUUGCACUAUUCUUUUUCUCAUUUUUAGCUUGAGCAUCCACAGGGUAGUUGAUCAAUGGAGGCAUUGAAUAAAUCUCUUUGUUUUCGUUUCCCGAUCAGUAAUGUAGUUUCACUGAAGUUGAAAAAGAAUGUUAUUUUGCAGUUUUUAUAUUUGCUCCAUUCUGUUUCUGUUUGGAGUAGAUGGUUGGAAGGUGCUGCUGGUAGGUCUUACUUCAUUACUUUUCAUCUUUCUCUCUGUCUGUCAGUCUGUCUUGCUUUUUCCCAGAAAAAUGAUUUCAUAUGUCAAUAUGCUUAGUAAUUAAAUGCACUUCUCACUUUGUCUCAGAGGCAUGAUAAGAUUGUAUCAUUUCCUGAAAGCAUACUAUUUUUGAAGAAAGUCAUUGCAAGUCUCUCAUUUGUUCUAUUUCUAUACAUACAUGAUAAGUCUUUAGCCAUUCUUUUCAUUUCAAAUUAAUCAAAAAUGUCUUCAAGAUUUAUUUGAACAUUGUGCAGGCGCCAUGUGAACUUUGGAAUUCUUUGCUGCUUUACUCAUAAUAUUAUAUACACAAAUCACCAGCAUUCUCAAUGAGAGUUAAUAACUUUGUUGCAAAGGGUGGGUGGAUCCAGAUAACUACGUCACAGGGCAAUUGUUUUUGUGUAUCGUUUGUGGUUUGUAAAUAAGUCAUGUAGUGUAAAGGACAUGAUGAGAGUGAAUAUUGGUGUUGGAGAAAGAAUUUUAGGUUCAGGACGAUCUUGAUCAUGAAAAUGACUGAGUGGGAGUCUUACUUUGACAUGUUAGUUCCUUCCAACUGUAUUGAUUUUGGUUUGUGUAAUAUCCUGUGCAGAAAACUUUCAUUUCAGUUCUCUAUUGCUUGACUUUUGGGAAGGAUGUCAGAAGACAUACUAGUAAGCUGUGUACUUCUUGCUGUUUUAGAAGUAUGUUUCACCUACAGUAUGAAUUAUAUUUUUUAAUUUCCAAAAACGUUGUGCACUAAACACUCCCAAGGCCUAUUUUAGCCAGUUUAGUCUGUUUGGUCUCUGUAUUCUGCAAUGUAAAAUCUGUAGGUCUCUAUUUAUGAGAAUAAACGAAAAUGUUUAGGUAGGGCUACUGCAAGAAUAAUGGUGUUUGUGGUAAAACUAUCUGUGAAUGUUAAGAUGAUAGGAGCCUUUGGUAACACCAUCAAUGCAAUUGUAAUUCAUUUAUAAAUCAUGAUAUUUUUUUUUUCUAUGUCUAAUUUUCUUAUUGGUAUAUAAAGGGUUUGGGAAGUAACACAUGUACAUAUUAUGGUUUGCGUCUGAAUAUAAGAGUGUGAGAAGAAUGGAUUGUGUGGGAGAAUGUUCUGUGAUAGGGAUUGCGCCACUCAAAUAAAAAAAACUUUUCAUCAUGA